CUAAAUUUCUCCUUUUCUUCCUUUUUUUUCUCCUGUUCUGUAGAUUCCCAAAUUCUUCAGGAGCCAGGGCAUUGGUCACACUGGUGUGUGGUGGCAUACUGGGAAGAGAAGAUGCGUGUGGGUCGGCUGUAUUCUGUCCAAGAGCCCUCUCUGGAUAUCUUUUAUGAUCUACCUCAGGGGAAUGGCUUCUGCCUCGGACAGCUCAACUCAGACAACAAAAGCCAACUGGUGCAGAAGGUCCGCAGCAAGAUUGGUUAUGGCAUCCAGCUCACCAAGGAAGUGGAUGGCGUGUGGGUGUACAACCGCAGCAGUUACCCCAUCUUCAUCAAGUCGGCCACACUGGACAACCCCGACUCCAGGAUGUUGCUGGUUCACAAAGUGUUUCCAGGUUUUUCCAUCAAGGCUUUUGACUACGAGAAGGCGUACAGCUUACAGAGACCCAACGACCAUGAGUUCAUGCAGCAACCAUGGACCGGAUUUACUGUUCAGAUCAGCUUUGUGAAAGGCUGGGGCCAUUGCUACACUAGACAGUUCAUCAGCAGUUGCCCGUGCUGGUUGGAGGUUAUUUUUAAUAACUGAUGACAAGACAGAGUGGACUCGUGGCAUUUAUGCUACUUUGCUGCUAUUAUUUCCUUCUGAGUGCUUGCUUUUCAUGCAAACUUUUUGUUUUUGUUUUGUUUAGUUUGUG